CCUGUGUUCUUGUCAGCACCAUUCACAAUAGUGUUAGGAUGUUUUAUACUAACGACUGCUUGGGGAGAAGCAUGGUUUCAUGUAACAGCACUGCCCUGGAAGCAGAUGAGAUUUUAAUGGACUGUGACUGCUGUCUAUUUUCUUUAAGCAACAUACACUGAGGCCCAGGUGCCCCUUGCAGGAGCUAUGAUGCAUAGUCAGAAAGAGGAAGUAAAAGCUGGAGGGAAACGAAUUUCCAAAAGACAAGAAAUUGGCGUCUUGGAGAGACACACCAAAAAAGCAGGACCUGAGAAAACAAGUGCCAUUGUGAAUGUUGCCAAAAUACAGACGAUGGAUGCCCUGAAUGACACACUGGAGAAGGUUCUGAGGUCACCCCUACGCAAGAGGAAGCUUAGCCAUAAAUUUCCAGCAAUAGCGCACGUGGCACAUCAAAAACCCAGACCUGCUCUGGAGAAGGUCACUCCAAUGAGAAGGAUCUACAUUAUUCAGCAGCCUCGGAAAUGUUAAGCUGGGACGUAAAACACAGCCGUCUGCCCAACUGCCUCCAACAUCUGACAGCUUAGCUAAAGGACCAAAACUUUCCUUAGGCUUAGUGCACUUGCUUGGUAAAAAAAA